AUGGUGGAGCAAAGGAAGGAAGCAAUGAGGAACAAAGAGAAGAUUGCGCAGGGCAUGAGGGAGAAAGGAGUGCGAGGGAGAACAAAUCCCCUCCUAAAUCCACCACUCCCUCUCGUGUCUUACAAGUUUGAUCACAGCACUUGCCAAACAACGCUGCAGAAUAUCAACAUGAAUCUCUCUCCAGACAACCGGGUGAUUCCAGACCCGAAUUUUCCCUCUCUAGAUCCUAGAAUGACUGAAGAGUUAUGUAUUAACCUGUCAUUGCAAGAGAAUCAAGAUCCCCAUUCAUCUGAAACCCUAACCCUAGCCCUCGAAGAAGAAGAAAUCCUAGAUGCCCAUAUUCUUCCAAACCCAGAUAUCAAAAACCCUCCACCACCACCACAAGAUCCACCGGUGGAAGUGGAAGAGCUAAUGCAGGAUGACGUAGAAGAAGGUGCCAACUUUUCUCCUCUAGCUACCUACUCUCGCCGCGGAGGAACUGGUGGCGGCCCGAAAAGGAAGAAGAUGAACCAGAAGCGACGGGCGGCUCAUGGGAAGAAAUCGCAAAAGAAUCUCGAGAUCCUUGUCGAAAUUAUAAAUCCCAUACCGUUCGUACCCUGCAAAACCCUAGAUUUCUCUUCCCACGAGGAGCUGCUCAAGCGACUUGGGUUGUGGGAUUUUGUUCAUCUGGAGUUCGACCGCAGUAUUCGUUCUGAUCUAAUUGUCCAAUUGAUUGCAAAUUACAGCCCUUCGUUGCGCUGCAGCUACGUGAAUGGGGUAAGGAUCAUGGUGAAUCGUGCAGAUUUGGCUCGAGCGUUGAGAUUGCCAGUGAGGAAGGAGAAGGCUGGUGCUCUGCCGGAGCAUGCACCGAUGUCUGAUGAGACUGAGGAAGCAAUUACUUUCAUUGAGGGAUUGGUGUCAAAUUGGAUGCUAUUGCACGAGGACAUGUGGAUGAUGCCAACUGAGAUGAUGAACUGGACUAAGUUGAUCAAGGAAGGUCAUUUUGAGAAGGUUGAUUGGGCCUUGUUGAUGUGGUUCAUGUUGGAGAAGGAGUUGUUGGCAGCCCCACAAUUGGGUGACUGUUACUACGCAUCGCACAUGCAGUGCUUGAUCAAGUGUCAAAGAGAGGCGCUACUGAGGGAAGAAGAGCCUAAAAUGGAAAUUGAUACAAAAGAGGAUGAGGAUUGUAGCGGGGACUUGAAGGUGGGUGAUGAUACUCGGAGACCUGAGAUAGAAGAGCGGGACAUUGAACUUAGUCUUGGUCAAGAUAAUACAUUGAAAGAGGAGGCUUCAAAGGAGCAUGUUGUCAUAGAUGGUAUGAUGGAUGAAAAGGAGAAUGAUGGCAAUGAGGAACCAAUGGAUAUCGAGAAGACUAAAGAGGAGGAAUGUGGGCCGUGGGAUGUGGACGGGAAGAGCAGCAUGGGCACACGGGGGCAGUUUUUGCGGCGGUGUAGUCUUGAUGAUGUUGGUAACAUUGGGGACAUGUGUGAGGAGAGGAAAGGAGGAGAAGGUGAGGAAGAGGAAGAGGAAGAGGAAGAUGGACAUGGAGAGGAAGAGAGAGAGGGGCAAGAGGGAAAUGGGGAAGUGCAGGAUAUGGGUUUUCAUUUUUCUCCGGAAGGGGAUGCUUUGGAGACUGUAACAUCUGCGAAUCUCAUUGCCACAAUGGAAGCUAUGCAGUCCGAACCUUUCAGUUCAGGGCUGCAACUUCCUGAUGACAGUGGCCCAUCAGGGGAGUUCCUUGUGUCUAAGGUUAGUACAAAUUUGGUUCCUGGUAGCUCAAUGCUUUUUGGCAAUGGUAGCAACAAGAGAGUGAUUGAGCAAGAGAAUGAUAUGUCUCACCAGUCACUUAAUGAUAGUAAUAAGCGUUUGAGAACUGAGGGACCUUGGGAUACGAAUUCAGAUGAUAUUGACACUUGUAUGGAGCAAGCACUGGAAUUGGUUGGAAAAGCUAGGAUGAUGUACUUAGCAAAGGAGCGAGAUUAUGACAAUACGAGGUUGAAUCAACAAAUCCUGCUCUCCGAGAUGCAGCAGCGAGAUAAUUCGAUUGAAUAUCUACGGAAGGCUCUGUAUGAAGAGCAGCAGAAGAGGCAAGUAGAGGUAUACCGGUUGGAACGUGAACUUUAUAUGAUGGGGAAUCUUUUAGAGGGCUAUAGAAAGGCCUUGAAGGGGACACAUAAGGCAUUUUCUGAAUACAGAGUUCGCUGUCCUAUACCUGAGGAACCUCUGUACAAGGAUGCUGGGUCAGGUGGUCUUGUUCUGAGCAAAUGGGAAUUGGAAAAGCUGCGCGUGAAGCAAGAAGAAGAAGAGAGGAUGAAUAAAUUACUGAUUGAGAAGAAGAUUAAAGACUUUGAAGCUGAUUGGAGUGCUAAAUUUGAUUUACAUGAACUGGGGAUUGGUUUUCUAGGGAACAGGUUGCAGGAGGUUGAGAAGGAGCUGGUACAUGUGAAAGAAACCUUCACAAAACGUAAGCUAUCAGAAAGGAUGGAAUUUGUUGCAAAUGAGGGAGGAAUUGUAUCAGAAAUGGUGGAGAGCGUUGCAAAUGAGGGAGAAAUUGAGUCGGAAAUGGUGGAAAGCGUUGCAAAUGAGGGAGGAAUUGUAUCAGAAAUGGUGGAAAGUGUUGCAAAUGAGGGAGGAAUUGUAUCAGAAAUGGUGGAAAGUGUUACAAAUGAGGGAGGAAUUGUGUCAGAAAUGGUGGAAAGUGUUGCAAAUGAGGGAGGAAUUGUGUCGGAAAUGGUGGAAAGUGGUGCAAACGAGGAAGGAAGUCAUGAGUAAGUCUUUGCUCUUCAAGAUAUGCAAAUGAUUUAAGAUUGAGGAAUUUGCAUCUCUCUUUAAUGUGAUCAAAGUAUAGCAUAUGUGUUUAUAUCUUGAAACCUAUUUAUAUGUGCUAGCCUAUCCCAUUUGAAAAAAUAUAUAUAGUAGCCUAUCAAUGCUCCUUUUGAAAACUCAACAUGCUGUAAUUGAUGUUAAUUUGCUCCCCUCUGCAUUUUAUAGAUUUUGAUAAACUAUCUGCUUAUGCUUCAACCUUCUAAUA